UGUUUAUAGUGAGAGCUUCACAUAUCUUUUUUAUUAUUAUUUUGAUUGUUUAAUUCUUGAUUUAUGGAUCAUGAGAGUGAGAAUGAAUCUUGUUUUUGGAGUUGGGAGGAUAACAAGAAGUUUGAGAUAGCACUUGCUGUGAUUGAUGAGGAGAGUCCUGAGAGAUGGGAAAAAGUUUCAACCAUGAUUGGAGGGACAAAGAGUGCAGAGGAGGUUGAAGAACACUAUGAAAUCCUUUUGAAGGACUUGAAUUCCAUUGAAUCUGGUACCUUUGAUCAUGAACUUGAUCUUUCUCUUCAUGAUGAUGAUGGUGAUGAUCAUGAGUUGUUUGCUGGGCUGAGUAUGAAUUGAUUAUUCUCAUUACUCACAGCAGCAAAACUCUUGGUUUAAAAAAAAAAAACAAAAAUGCAUUAGUUCAUGUGAUUACCAUUUAAUUGAUUUAAUGAGUUUCUGAUUAUAUGUACAACUGUUGAUGCUGGAGAAUAAAUGCAUAUGUCUUUUGGCAAA